AUGAUAGUAGAGAAUGUUAAAAAAAACAAAUUCUCUUUCUCUCGAAAGAGCGAAUCUGAAUAAUAAUGCAAGCUAGAAUAGUUCAAGAAUAAACUCUAAGGUAAGCUAUUUUUGUAUGUCUAGGGGAUGUACUCCAGUUUCUCAAGAAUACUAAGUAAGAUGAUUAAUCAUUAUAAUCAUUUUUGUAAAGGAUGGGAAUAAAUUUGGAAGUCGAUGAAGAGAAGUAUAUUUUGGAUAUAAAAGAAUACCACAAUAACUAUAUAGAAGGAGAUAUUUUAGGAGAAGGUUGUAUAGGAUUAGUGAAGAGUGUGAAAAGAAAGAGUGAUAAUUUUGAAUUCGCUUGUAAAACAGUGAAAACUGAUUCAGAAGAGAUUGUAAAGAAGGUAAAAGUUCAGAUUAAAUCGAAAGAUGAUAUUGGAGUUUAAAAAUCUUAAGAGAUUGAAUCAUCCCCAUAUAGUAUCUAUGAAAGAGAUCUAUAUCUAAUGGAAUGAAGGAUUCCAAUCCACUGGAAUGGUAUGCGUAAUUAUGGAGAAAAUUGAUGGGAGAGAAAUGUUUGAGGUUAUUUAAUAAUAAAAACAAUAUAGUGGUAUUAUUUUAACUAAGAAAGAGACCAUUGCUCGUGUACUAUUCAUCUAGAUCUUAGAAGCCAUCAAAUAUAUGCAUGAAAACUAUUGUUGUCAUCGAGAUUUAAAGCCAAACAACAUCUUAUGUGCACACGAUGGCAAAUCCAUAAAAAUAACUGAUUUUAAUGUAAGUACUUUAUAAAAACGUAGGUGUCAAAAUUUAAUGAUAGUUAUAAAGAGUUCGGGGAUCUUAAUUAACAUGGGAAAAUUGAAAUGUGGACAUACACUGGAACCGUUGCAUUCUCAGCACCUGAGAUCUUUUCAGGGAACCUUUAUAAGUAACUAAAUUUAUGUAAUUAGUGAAUAAGUUGAUCUAUGGAGUGCAGGUGUCAUAUUAUUUGUUAUGCUAAGUGGAGAAUUACCCUUUAAUUCUGAAUAUCUCAAUGAUCUAAUUGAGUAGAUUAGAUAGUGUAAAUAUGAAUUUGCUGGAAUCAUUUGGGAUUAAAUCUCUGAAUCUGCUAAAGAUCUGAUUACUAAUCUUUUACAAUUGGAUCCGGACAAAAGAUUUACUCCAGAAUAGGCUCUAAAUCAUCCUUGGAUCACGCAUGAAUAAAGCAAUUCAGAUAUUCCAAGAUAUUAAUUGCAAAUCAAUAUGCCUCGCAUUUUGAGAGUUAAAAAUAUUAAUCAAGAAUCAAAGAUCAAAUAAAUAUGCUAUUUAUUUGGAGCUGGAGAUAUUUGGAAGAGACAUUCUCUAGGUUAAGACACUAAUCUAGAUUUAUAUGACAAUUUGAAAAAAUAUAGAUCCAUUGACAUUUCUGAUAGUUGGAAAAAUGCUGAAAUCAAAGUGACAAAAGAUCAAAGCAAAAAGGGUGUUUAUACUAUAGAUUAUCCCUUUAGCGAUUCUGAUUGA